AUGGCCCUCUGCUCGCUUCGGCACCGGCUGCCGCUGCCGCUUCUCCUUGCCGUCUUAUUUGCCGCUUCCCGUGGCGAUCCUUCCGACGACGAUUACAAGUACAACACCUCCAUAUGCAAGGUGCAGCCAUACACAUGCGGCGAUGUGAAUAUCAGUUACCCGUUCUAUCUUUCCGAUGAGACGGCAGAUGUCCUGGGCAACAACUCCUCCUGCUGCGGGUACCCUGGGCUGGCCAUCAACUGUGUGGACGACAAGUAUCCCAUCAUGCAACUCGGCAGCGGCCCAGACUACUCGUACAACGUGACGGGCAUCGACUACACCAACUCCACCAUCUCCCUCGCCGAUCCCGAUGUCCUCGACGGCGAUGAGAGCUGCCCGGUCGACCACAACGUCACCUUGCCGCCCGCCGUGUGGCUCAACUUAUUGCCAGAGUACACUGUUGGUUACCUCCUCUUCUUCGCCAACUGCUCCAUCUCCACUAUCCCUGGGCAGCCUUACAUCAACCCGAUCUCAUGUCCAAGUGCUUUGGUUGGUUAUUAUUCUUUUGUGAUUCCUUCGGAUUCGGAGGUGCCCGGCCCCCAACAAACUUUGUCACGGGAGUGCAAGCAAGUUAUCCAAGUGCCGGUGCUUCAGAACGCCUCCCUGACCAUCGAUCAGCAAUGGAGCACCAAUGGGUACCGCGUCGCUCUUAAACAGGGUUUUCAGUUGGGAUGGAACUCGAGUAGGAAGUCCGAGCUGUGCACCAACUGCGAGGGAUCCAAUGGACGUUGUGCCUACAGCAGAUAUGGGGAAUUCUUAGGUUGCUUGUGCACCAACGGCCGAGUGAGCAACCAAGAAUGCACCAAACCUGCCAUGCUUUCCCUGAGCCACCACGACCGAGGCCUCCUCCUCCUCGUACUCCUCCUACUCGCCGCGGCCGUCGCGUCGCGCGGCGAUGACGACACGUACGCCGUCUCCGCGUGCCGGUCUCGGCCGUACCUCUGCGGCGGCGUGAACAUCAGCUACCCGUUCUACCUCGCCAGCGACGACGCCAAGGCGGUCCCGGACCACGACGGCGAGUCCUACUGCGGCUACCCGGGCCUCGCCGUCAUCUGCGACGGCGCCAACAACAAGCCCGUCCUGAAGCUCGGCGACGACAACUACACGGUCUCGGGCAUCGACUACGCCAACCUGAUCGUCUCGCUCGCCGACGCGGACGCCGCGGGCGCGGGCAACGGCGGAUGCCCCGUCGUGGACCACAACGUGACCAUCCCACCGGCCGUCCGGCUGUCCCUUAUUCUCCACAGCGUCGACUACCUCUUCUUCUUCGUCGGCUGCUCCUUCGGCCCGGAGGCCGAGCCCGCUCCCAAACCGCCGAAGCCGCCGACCAUCAAGCCCAUCACCUGUGGAGACAUGGACAAACCGGCUUCCAUGACGUUCGUGCUCCCGCGCGGCGAGGUGCCUCCCGGCGACUGGUCGAGCGCGUGCCGGCAGAUAUUCGAAGUGCCGGUGCUCAAGAGCUCCAUCCCGCCCGACGCUCAGGACCCGGUGUGGAGGAAGGACGGGUACGGCAAGGCCCUCCGCGCGGGGUUCCAGCUGGGCUGGGACCGGAGCUCCGGCGGUCCGUGCGGCCAAUGCGAGCUGUCCAGCGGCAAGUGCGGGUACAACCGCGCCGGCGAGUUCCUGGGCUGCCUCUGCACCGACGGCCGCGUGGGCGACGGCGGCAGUUGCAGUAAGAUCUCUGCUGACUCCGCUCUGUCUUGGCCCGGGUCAAAAAGGAUAACGGCAAUUAUUGUUGGUGUCGUGGCUGGUGGUGCUGGUGUUGCAGGGCUUGCCGCUGCAAUAUUUUUGUUCAUGCGCAAGAGGAAGCAGAAGAAAGUGAUCAACUCAUCUUCGAAGCUCCUCAAGUACAGCGGCUGUGGUGGGACCCCGCGUUCACGGCUCGGCGACAUGGAGUCCGGCAGCAUCGAGGACCCGCCGACGCACCUCUUCACCUACGAGGAGCUCGAGGAGGCGACCAACUGCUUCAACGAAAACAGAGAACUCGGUGAUGGUGGCUUCGGCACCGUCUACAAAGGGUACCUCAAGGACGGGCGCGUGGUGGCGGUGAAGCGGCUGUACAACAACAGCUACCGGCGCGUGGAGCAGUUCCAGAACGAGGCGGCCAUCCUGUCCGGGCUGCGCCACCCGAACCUGGUCAUGUUCUACGGCUGCACGUCCAGCCAGAGCCGCGAGCUGCUGCUGGUGUACGAGUUCGUGGCCAACGGCACGGUGGCCGACCACCUGCACGGGCCGCGAGCCCCCGAGCGCGCCCUCUCGUGGCCGCUCCGCCUCAGCAUCGCCGUGGAGUCCGCCGCGGCGCUCACCUACCUGCACGCCAUCGAGCCGCCCGUCGUGCACCGCGACGUCAAGACCACCAACAUCCUCCUCGACGCCGACUACCACGUCAAGGUCGCUGACUUCGGCCUCUCCCGCCUCUUCCCCCUCGACGUCACGCACGUCUCCACCGCUCCCCAGGGCACACCAGGGUAUGUAGAUCCAGAGUACCACCAGUGCUACCAGCUGACGGACAAGAGCGACGUCUACAGUUUCGGAGUGGUGCUGGUGGAGCUCAUCUCGUCGAAGCCCGCCGUCGACAUCACCAGACACCGCAACGAGAUCAACCUGGCCAGCAUGGCCAUCAGCAAGAUCCAGAAGUGCCAGCUGGAGGAGCUCGUCGACCUCGGCCUGGGCUACGAGACCGACCCGGCCACCAAGAAGAUGAUGACCAUGGUCGCGGAGCUGGCCUUCCGUUGCCUGCAGCAGAACGGCGAGAUGCGCCCGCCGAUCAAGGAGGUGCUCGAGGUGCUCAGGAGCAUUCAGGGUGAAUGCCUGAUGGAGGAUAGAGACAAGAAGAACAAGGACGGGCCCGUGUCUCCCACCACGGUUCAUGCUCCGUGGGACAGCAGGGACACCACGCCCAACACCAGCAAGGACUAG